UCAACCAUAUCAUUAUUCAAGACAUUCCAACCAAGUUCAAGUCUAUGAAAUUAGCUAGCCAAAAUAUCAGAAUAUUAAUCUCAAGUUAAAUUAAAUCGAGCUCAUAAACAUGUAUAGCUUGGACCAUAUAGUAAAUAUUUGAGUCUUGAGUAACUAGAAUCUGUUAGUAUGUGGUAAAAUAAGCAGCAGAAGAUGAGGGACGACGCUCAAAUUUAAUGCCAUGUAAACGGAUGGUCCAGAUUUUGGAUAUAGGUGAAGAGAUUUUGUCUGUUUCCCAACAACCAACAAAGAAAAGUUGACCCUAGUAUCCACACGUUAAUCUAUUUAUGAUUUUUUUAGUACCACUUAACUAUAGCCUUAAGUUUUUCACAAUGAUUCCCAGAUGUAACUGCCACCCUGCCAUUGAUUUCUUUCUUCCGUAUAUGGCAACGAAAUCAAAGCAUCACUAAAAGACAAAGGCAAGGCUCUGCAGUCUAGAUAUCAAUAUCAUUAUUUUAAUAUCAAAUAUCAGAAAAAUUAUGAGGGUGGGUCUUGCAGGUGUUUGAGGCCCAAAAUGGGUGCUGUUAUUCUGCACUUGUGGAUCACCGUAUAUAGUGUCUUACCCUUAGAUUGAUUUGAGAGAGAGAAAGGCUCUUUGGCUUGUAUUGAAAGGUAAGCAAUUGAAGGUUAGAGGCCGAAAGAGAGUGGAAUAACAGACUAGUCUUAGGAACUCCCUAGUGAAGGUGAAACUUGCUCUAAGUGAAGCAAAAUCACUUGCUUGUGAAGAAGCUCACAAAAUCUCUUGCAAGUUAAGUUUGUAGGCUCUGACCUUGUUUUUGGGAAUUGCAAGCUAAGCUGGUUUAGUUAGUAGCUAGCCUUUCUCGCCCUUCUUAUAUAUAUUCCACAAUUCAACAAUCAAUCAUCAUGCCUAAUUGCCUCUUGUUGUGAAGGGAGAAAGAAGAUUCUCAUCAUCAUCACAUUCAUCAUUUUAGGUUUUGAAAAACAAAAAAAAAAAAAUGAAAGCAACAUUCUGUUGUUUUAUGCUAGCUCUACUAAUAGUUAGUUGGGAAUCCGUAGUAGUAGUAGUAGCAAGGAGGCCCUUUCCUCCAACUGAUGGAAUGUCCCAUCCAGGCCCCAAAGCGGCACCAGGACCAGGGCCAGUGUCUUCACCAUCUAAUACUGUAGAGCCAGAAAAGGGUUUAAUGGAAGAAGCAUACUACUAUAGAGGAGUAAGCAAAAUAGGGUCAAGUCCACCAAGUUGUGAGCACAAGUGUUAUGGUUGCACUCCAUGUGAAGCGAUUCAAGUGCCGAGCACCAGCAGCAGGCGCAGUCAUUUGGGAUUGCAGUACACAAAUUAUGAGCCCGAAAGUUGGAAAUGCAAGUGUGGUCCUUCCCUCUACAGCCCGUGAAUUAGCACUACUAUGUUGUUCUUGACUUGUUCAUAUAUACCCCAUUUAAUAUUAGUUUAUAUAUAAUCAAUGAUCUCCUAUGUGUCUCACCUUCAUAUUUAUGGUUCCCUCGUACAAACCUCAAUUCAAAGGAUUUUAUUCUAUUAUGUCAUACUUGUGACUACAAUUCGAAUGCCAACUUA